UAUCAUUGCUUCCGGUAACAAGACAAGGCAAGAUGUCGGCGAUCACUUCAUUGAAUCCAAAAGCUGAAGUUGCGAGAGCUGCCCAGGCUUUAGCUGUGAAUAUAAGUGCAGCAAAAGGACUACAAGAUGUUCUUAGAACCAAUCUUGGUCCAAAAGGAACCAUGAAAAUGUUGGUUUCUGGUGCAGGAGAUAUCAAAUUAACCAAAGAUGGCAAUGUUUUAUUGCAUGAAAUGCAAAUUCAACAUCCUACAGCCUCCUUGAUAGCUCGUGUUGCUACUGCACAAGAUGAUAUCACUGGUGAUGGUACAACAUCUAAUGUGUUGAUCAUUGGUGAACUGUUAAAACAAGCUGAUCUCUACAUUACUGAGGGAUUACAUCCACGAUUGAUUACUGAAGGGUUUGAACUGGCUAGAAAUAAAGCUCUAGAGGUAUUAGAUCAGGUGAAGAUCACCCGUGAGGUUGAUAGAGAUACACUGGUACAAAUUGCUAGAACUUCUCUACGUACUAAAGUCCACCAAGACUUAGCUGAUUUGUUGACAGAGCAUAUAGUAGAUGCUGUACUGGCUAUAAAGAAACCUAAAGAACCAAUUGAUCUACAUAUGGUAGAGUUAAUGGAGAUGAAACAUAAGACUGAUAUGGAUACUAUCUUAGUACGAGGUAUUGUCAUGGAUCAUGGUGCCAGACAUCCUGAUAUGAAGAAAAGACUUGAAGAUGCUUUCAUCCUGACUUGUAAUGUGUCAUUGGAAUAUGAAAAAACUGAAGUGAACUCUGGAUUUUUCUACAAGACGGCAGCAGAAAGAGAGAAGUUGGUUGAUGCAGAGAGAAAGUUUAUUGAUGAUAGAGUUAAACGUAUUAUUGAACUGAAGAAGAAAGUCUGUGAAGGAAAUAAAAAGGGAUUUAUUGUCAUCAACCAAAAGGGUGUGGAUCCACUAUCAUUAGAUAUGUUUGCUAAAGAAGGUAUUGUAGCUUUACGUAGAGCAAAACGUAGGAAUAUGGAAAGAAUUGCUCUAGCUUGUGGUGGUAUGGCUGUUAAUUCUGUGGAUGAUUUAACACCAGAUGUACUGGGACAUUCUGGAUUAGUCUAUGAACAAGUUCUGGGAGAAGAUAAGUUCACCUUCUUAGAAGAUUGUCAGAAUCCUCAGUCUGUUACUAUACUGAUUAAAGGACCAAAUAAACACACCCUGACUCAGAUUAAAGAUGCUGUGAGAGAUGGUUUGAGAGCAGUGAAAAAUGCUAUAGAAGAUGCGUGUGUGUUGCCGGGCGCUGGAGCAUUUGAAAUAGCUGCAUAUCAAGAAUUAAUGAAGUAUAAAGAUACUGUUAAAGGUCGUGCUAGACUUGGUGUCCAAGCAUUUGCUGAAGCUUUGUUGAUCAUAGUGAAAGUUUUAGCUCAGAAUUCUGGUCUGGAUCCUCAAGAAGCUAUAGUAAAGUUACAACAGGAAUAUAUCUCACCUACUCAAGCUGUAGGCUUAGAUAUUAAAACUGGUGAAGCCCUGAUACCAGCUGAUUGUGGUAUACUAGAUAAUUAUAGAGUUAAAAAACAACUACUUCAUUCAUGUUCUGUGAUUGCCUCAAACCUACUUCUAGUAGAUGAAAUAAUGAGAGCUGGUAUGUCUUCAUUAAAAGGAGAUUAAUUAAUAUAUCAUUAUCAUUAUUAUUUAUAUUAUCAUUUCUAUCAUGUAGUGCUACUUUUAUAUUUUCUUUAUGCUGCAAAUAUCUACUUUAAGUUUCAAAAGCUAAUCACAAUUAGCUCAGAUGUUUCUUGAACGCUAACAAAUAUUUCAGAAUAGCUAAGGAUUUUCAAAUUUGUUAAUAAAGGUUUUGAAUUGAGCUCCAGAAUUUCAAAUUGCUAAUAAAUGGUUCAAAUUUGCAUCAGAAUUUCCGAAUUAGCUCUGGCAUUUAAAAAUUAUCUUUCCAGAAAUUUAACUGUCAAUCACAAUCUUUCAAUGUUUCAGUUUGUUUUGUUCACAUCUUGCUUUUGUAUUGAAAAAUUAAAAUGUUCAUCUCUUGAA